AUGGUGUAAAUUAUUUUAAUAAAUUAAAAAAUUAAAUCGAAAUAAGAAAUCUAUUUUUUUCUAUUGUAUUUUAUUAUUAGAUAGAUACAUUUUUUUGCUCUUUUUUUAAAUUAAAAUUUGUAAAAAUAAAUAAGGAGGAAAUUCCCAUCAAUAAUACGAUAAUAGUAAAUAAAUAUAUCAUUGAUAAAGUAGAAGAAAACAAAGAAGAAUUAUAAUAAAAAGUAGAAUUAGUAAAUUAAUAAUAAAAAGAAAGAAAAGAAGAAAAUGAUGAUGAAGAAGAAGAAAAAGAAGAAGAAAGAAAGCAUGAAAUAUUUGAAAAAUAACUAAUAAAUAAAUAAAAUACAUAAUUAUGCAAAGUCUGUUAUGAAUAAGAUAAUCAAAAACAAGUUUUUUCUCUUUCAUGCUGCUAUAACUAAUUCCAUUAAACAUGCUUAUAAGAAUGCUUUACUGCUUAGAUGA